AUGAAUGUAAUAAAAUAUAUUAUAAGCAUAAUUAAACAUACUUUUGUUUGCCUAAAAUCCAAUCAAAUGGAUUAUUGUGGUCAAAAUCUUGCCUAUACUAUUAGAAAUAUUAUUUUUGGUAUUAGUACAAUAAUAUCAAUAGUUGUUGGAUAUUAUAAACAGAGCUUAGAAUUGAGCACAUAUAUAAUAUUAGGAGGGACCGCCUUAGCAAGCAUUUUAAUAAUCCCAACUUGGCCAAUGUAUAAUCGACACAAUAUUGAAUGGGAGAAAAGUAACAAUUCAUCAAAUGAUAAAAAGAGAAAAUAA